GGAGCCUGCGGUCGCUUACUUCAGUCGCGCGGCGGUAGACUGGUUCUCCAGCGGAGGGUGGAGACGCGUCGCCGAGGCUGCCAGCAACGUUCUGCGAAGCCAGUCGGACACCAUGGCGGACAGCCGGGAUCCAGCCAGCGACCAGAUGAAGCUCUGGAAGGAGCAGCGGGCCUCGCAGAAACCUGACGUCCUGACCACCGGGGCCGGUAAUCCAAUUGGAGACAAACUUAAUGUUAUUACAGCAGGGCCCCGGGGACCUCUUCUUGUUCAGGAUGUGGUUUUCACUGAUGAAAUGGCUCACUUUGACCGGGAAAGAAUUCCUGAGAGAGUCGUGCAUGCUAAAGGCGCAGGAGCUUUUGGCUACUUCGAGGUCACUCAUGACAUUACCAAAUACUGCAAAGCAAAGGUGUUUGAGCAUAUUGGAAAGAGGACUCCCAUUGCGGUUCGAUUCUCCACUGUCGCUGGAGAGUCGGGCUCAGCUGACACAGUUCGGGACCCUCGUGGGUUUGCGGUGAAAUUUUACACAGAGGAUGGUAAUUGGGAUCUUGUUGGAAAUAACACUCCCAUUUUUUUCAUCAGGGAUGCCAUACUGUUUCCGUCCUUUAUCCACAGUCAAAAGAGAAACCCUCAAACGCACCUGAAGGAUCCGGACAUGGUCUGGGACUUCUGGAGCCUGCGCCCUGAGUCUCUGCAUCAGGUUUCUUUCUUGUUCAGUGAUCGAGGGAUUCCAGAUGGACACAGGCACAUGAAUGGAUAUGGAUCGCAUACUUUCAAGCUGGUUAAUGCGAAUGGAGAGGUAGUUUAUUGCAAAUUCCAUUAUAAGACUGACCAGGGCAUCAAAAACCUUUCUGUUGAAGACGCAGCACGACUUUCCCAGGAAGAUCCUGACUAUGGCCUCCGGGACCUUUUCAAUGCCAUCGCCACAGGCAACUACCCCUCCUGGACUUUUUACAUCCAGGUCAUGACGUUCAGUGAGGCAGAAACCUUUCCAUUUAAUCCAUUUGAUGUCACCAAGGUUUGGCCUCACAACGACUACCCUCUUAUCCCAGUUGGUAAACUGGUUUUAAACCGGAAUCCAGUGAAUUACUUCGCUGAGGUUGAACAGAUGGCAUUUGACCCGAGCAACAUGCCACCUGGCAUCGAGCCCAGCCCUGACAAAAUGCUUCAGGGCCGCCUUUUUGCCUAUCCUGACACCCACCGCCACCGCCUGGGACCCAACUAUCUUCAGAUACCUGUGAACUGUCCUUUCCGUGCUCGAGUGGCCAACUACCAGCGUGAUGGCCCCAUGUGCAUGGUCGACAAUCAGGGUGGUGCUCCAAAUUAUUACCCCAAUAGCUUUAGUGCCCCCCAAGAACAGCGCUGUGCCAUCGAACAUAGCAGCCGGUGUUCUCCAGAUGUGCAGCGCUUCAACAGUGCCAAUGAAGACAAUGUCACUCAGGUGCGGACCUUCUAUAUGAAGGUACUGAAUGAAGAGGAGAGGAAACGCCUGUGUGAGAACAUUGCUGGCCAUCUGAAAGAUGCACAACUUUUCAUCCAGAAGAAAGCGGUCAAGAACUUCAGUGAUGUCCAUUCUGACUAUGGGGCCCGCAUCCAGGCUCUUUUGGACAAAUACAAUGCUGAGAAACCUAAGAAAGCCAUUCACACCUGGGUGCAGCAUGGGUCUCACUUGGCUGCCAGGGAGAAAGCGAAUCUGUGAGAGUCGGCACCCUGGUCCGGCCCCAGGUUGCUCUCCACCUGUGAAGCAGCGCACGGUGUCCACUCUUCGCUGGAUAGAGCCUUCUCCUGUGCUAGGUGUGCAAAGGCAAGCUCAUGCCUUUAAAAUGAUAAUCCAGGUUUCUAUAGCAAGUAAUGCAGCAAUGGCUUUUAAUGCUGUUCCCCUAGAAGGAAGUGAGGGUUAGGGCUUAACCGGUCAUAUUAAAGAAAAUGUAUUUGCUGUGACAUUUGGAUUAUUCACUUAAGAUGACUGGAAUGAAAGUUUCUAACAGAAAGAUGAUUUUAUUUGAUAAAAAAAAAAUCUUGCUGAAGUUAGUAUGUUUACAUAUCAUCUCAUGGCCUUAUUAAAUAAAAAUAUGUCUGUGAUUAUAUAAGAAGAAAAGAUAAUCUGCUCAGAAAUUUUAAUUUCUCUCAGUUCCCUAUAGAAAAAACACAUUUAAUGAAUUGAUAUUUUUUGACAGUAACUUCAGUGACAUCAUAGCUUAAUGCUUAUUCCUGCUUGGAACUGCUCAGCUUUUUUAAACUUGGGAUUACACUUAUGCUAAUAUAGCAUUGAUUUUACGACAGACUGAUUUGUAAUUGUUACAUUUUUACAAUAAAAUAAUCUGUACAUAAGAAUAGAAGAAUGGUAUUUGAUUUCUUUAGGCUCUUUCUGGAAUUUGGACUCUUAAUCCGAGUAUCAUGUGUUAUCAGAUGCUUACCCUUAAAAUUGAAAAUAAACCAAUGUCACAAGGA